AUGCCCCCGGCGCUCAUCAGCCAUGCCUCCAUGCCGGGGAGCGCAUCAAACGAACCACGAGAGGUAGCAGCCGAUGCGUUCCGGCUGGGGACCAGGAUACAGAAAGAGAAGGGUGAAGCAGCUGUCUGCCCGACAGACGAUGAGGUUUCGGUACCGCGGUCAAAGAGGGAUUCCGACAACCAAAAGAAACGGAGUCUGGAUUAUGUCUGGAGAUCGGGGGUAGCAGGGGGCUUGGCCGGAUGUGCGGCUAAAACCGUUGUCGCACCGCUUGACCGGGUCAAGAUCCUGUUCCAGGCUCGCAAUCCACACUUCCUCAAGUAUGCGGGCUCGUGGUGGGGAUUUGGAGAAGCUAUAAAAGACAUCUAUCGACAGGAUGGGCCAAUGGGCCUUUUCAGAGGGCAUUCUGCAACCCUCCUCAGGAUCUUUCCGUACGCCGGCAUCAAGUUUCUGGCCUACGAGCAAGUCAGGGCACUUAUCAUCACUCGCAAGGACCAGGAAACCCCCUUACGGCGGCUUGUCAGCGGCUCGCUCGCCGGCGUCACCUCCGUCUUCUUCACAUACCCCCUCGAAGUGAUCCGGGUACGACUAGCGUUCGAAACAAAACGGGAAGGCCGGUCGUCCCUUCGAUCCAUCGUCAGGCAAAUAUACAGCGAAAACGCCAUGACAAUUCCAGAAAACGCGCCAGCUCUCAUGCGAAACAUGGCCGCGGCCUCGGCACACGCGCCCGCUCUGAUCCCGAAAACCGGACUUGUCAACUUCUACCGCGGCUUCUCUCCCACUCUCCUCGGCAUGCUUCCCUACGCUGGCAUGUCCUUCCUCACGCACGACACUGUUGGCGACAUCUUCCGACACCCGAAGCUUGCGCAAUGGACGACACUACCGCAACCAGAAAAUGCGCCGGCCGGCAAGGCUGCCCCGUUGCGCUCGUGGGCAGAGCUUUCGGCCGGUGGCAUCGCGGGUCUGGUCUCGCAGACGGUGUCAUAUCCAUUGGAGGUCAUCAGGCGAAGAAUGCAGGUCGGCGGAGCAGUCGGCGAUGGUCAUAGGAUGACCAUUGGCGAGACGGCCAAGAUGAUCAUGAGGGAACGUGGGUUCCGCGGCUUCUUUGUCGGCUUGACUAUUGGAUAUGCGAAGGUGGUCCCCAUGGUGGCUGCGAGCUUCUACACUUACGAAAGGUUAAAGACAUUUUUUGGCAUUUAA